AUGGCAUCUACACCAACGGCCAUCGAGCGUCUUCAAAUGUCCGUCGUGGACGGGCGAGCCGAGAACGUACGACAUCGACAAGACCAACUCCAAUCUCUCCACAAGGUUCUCAGGGAGGAGGCCAAGCAGAUAUGCGCAGCCCUUGAAGCCGACUCAGAGUUCACGACCUCUGAAGUCGAAGCAGAGUACUGUCUGGCUGUCGAGGCAGUGCGACAAUGCUAUGAGACUCUGGACUUCGAGAAGAGCCUUGAGAAGGAAUACAGUGUGGUGCAUGGGAAGGACAACCCGCGGAGAAGACUCGGAGCUGGACUCGUGGUCAUACUUCCGACGACCUAUACACGUCUCUAUUCGCUUGUGACGGCCUUGGCACCUGCUAUCGCGUCUGGAAACUGCGUAGCUCUUCCAGACACUCUGCUUCAGACAGACAAUAUCCUGCGGGCUCUUCUGUCCCAAGCCUUGAACGUCGACACGUUCUGCAUCGUCAAAUCGAUCCCGGACGAAUCCGUUCUGAACGAGGCUAUCUUGGUCAACCAGACGAGCGACGGACCUUCAACGACCCUCACAUCUCAUCUGCUGUCUUCGAACAGUAGCCGAUGUAUUGCUGUUGUCGACAGGAGUGCAGACCUAAACGCAGCAGCCAAGGCUAUCACCACGGCGAGAUUCAGCUUCGGUGGCUCAUCGCCUUAUGCGCCGGAUCUGGUACUGGUCAACGAAUUUAUCCGAAAGGACUUCUUCGAAGCAUGUUCCCAGUGUGCGACGUCCUACUUCGCCCAAGUCAGAGGCAUGGCCAGGCUCAGCAAUGACCGGAACGGAGAGACCACGAAAGCCCUGGAGAUAGCGGAGUCUGAGGGGCAGAUAUCCAGUUUCGGCUCGACCAACUUCAAGCUAUCUGAAGUCUUGGACCAGAAUACACCACUCAUGAAGAUGAAGAUUACUGGCCGAUUUCUGCUUAUAGCGACGUGCUCCAGUCUCACCGACGCAGCUUUCAAUCACGAUCAUGAGAACCCACUGCUAAGCGGUUACUUCUUCGCUGAGCCUGCUUCAGCCAAGUAUCUUGCUCAAUUCAUUCCUUGCCACAUUUCACUGGUCAACCGUAUCCCUGCGCAUGUCCUCGUAGGACCUGCAGCACCAACGGCACAUGCACCUGAUUUCUUGUACAGGUACAACAGGGACAUGUUCUCGACACUGCGGCCGCAGUUUGUCGAGAAGCCUCCGCCGUUCUUUGAGAAGAUAGAUGGUAUGAUUUUUGGUGGUGCUGGUGAUGGUGCGAAGAAACGUGGAAAGACUACGACAUCUGCUGUGAUGGAUAUGGCGCUCAAGCCACUGCGCCCAACAGGACAGCCAGAUAAUAAAGCUGUAGGGUUCUUUGAGGUAGGGUUUUUGACUGGGGCGGGCAUCUAUCUGUCGAUGAUCUUACCGGUGCUGGGUUACUCGACAUAUUACUUGAGCAGAAAAGGUCUGGCAUAUGUCAUGAGGUCUAGAUGA